GGGAGCUGGCGCGAGCUUGGCGACUAGGACCUUGUGCACGCGGAGCAGCAGAGACGGGGCGAUGCUACGGGUGCGGUGUCUGCGCGGAGGCAGCCGAGGUGCCGAGGCGGUGCACUACAUCGGCUCUCGGCUUGGAGGAUCCUUAACAGGAUGGGUGCAGCGAACUUUCCAGAGCACCCAGGCAGCUACAGCUUCCUCCCGAAAUUCCUGUGCAGCUGAAGACAAGGCCACCCAUCCUCUGCCCAAGGACUGCCCUGUCUCCUCUUACAACGAAUGGGACCCUUUAGAGGAAGUGAUAGUGGGCAGAGCUGAAAAUGCCUGUGUGCCACCAUUCACAGUGGAGGUGAAGGCCAAUACAUAUGAAAAGUACUGGCCAUUUUACCAAAAAAAUGGAGGUCUUUAUUUUCCCAAAGAUCAUCUGAAGAAGGCUGUUGCUGAGGUCGAAGAGAUGUGCAAUAUUUUAUCAAUGGAAGGAGUGACCGUGAGGCGGCCUGACCCCAUCGACUGGUCACUCAAGUAUAAGACUCCUGAUUUUGAGUCUACAGGUUUGUACAGCGCAAUGCCUCGAGACAUCCUGAUGGUUGUGGGAAACGAGAUUAUAGAAGCACCCAUGGCAUGGCGCUCACGCUUCUUUGAGUACCGAGCGUACAGGUCAAUUAUCAAAGACUACUUCCAUCGUGGUGCCAAGUGGACAACAGCACCCAAGCCCACAAUGGCUGACGAACUGUAUGACCAGAAUUAUCCCAUCCAUUCCGUGGAAGACAGACACAAAUUGGCCGCUCAGGGAAAGUUCGUGACGACUGAGUUUGAGCCUUGCUUUGAUGCUGCUGACUUCAUUCGAGCUGGAAGAGAUAUUUUUGCACAGAGAAGCCAGGUUACAAACUACCUGGGCAUCGAGUGGAUGCGUAGGCAUCUUGCUCCAGACUACAGAGUACAUAUCAUCUCUUUUAAAGACCCCAAUCCAAUGCACAUCGAUGCCACCUUCAACAUCAUUGGACCUGGUCUUGUGCUCUCCAACCCCGACCGUCCCUGUCAUCAGAUUGAUCUUUUCAAGAAAGCAGGAUGGACCAUAGUUACUCCUCCAACACCAGUCAUCCCCGAUGAUCAUCCCCUCUGGAUGUCAUCCAAAUGGCUUUCCAUGAACGUCUUAAUGCUAGAUGAGAAGCGCGUGAUGGUAGAUGCCAAUGAAGUUCCAAUUCAAAAGAUGUUUGAGAAGCUGGGUAUCAGUACCAUUAAGGUUAACAUUCGAAAUGCCAAUUCCCUGGGAGGAGGCUUCCACUGCUGGACCUGCGACGUCCGGCGCCGAGGCACCCUUCAGUCCUACUUUGACUGAGCAGGCGUGGUGUGGCUUGGGGCAUAGCCUCAGAUAUACCUAAGAAGCAGCAAGGCCCUUCUCUCGCUUUAACAAAUGCAUGAACUGUAGUGCUUUGAACAAUCACAUCCUUAACAGGGUUUCCAAGCCUGGGUUACUUUUUGUUGACGUAAGGAAGAUAACUUAUGAUAGGUCUUACUUUCUUCUCCUAAAGUUAUUUACGAUUUGGCUUUAAAUAUAAAAGUUCAGUAAGUGUAUACCGAAGCAAAAAUUAGUCACUUGAGUAACUUGGCCGCUAAUAUUUAACCAUCUACCUCUGUUUUUAAUUUUCUUUCCUAAAGGCAGCUUGAGAUGUCGGUCCUAACCUUGUCUUUCUUUUUCCUCUUUGGUAGACUUAUGAAUGUCCAUAUUACUUCUUUUUUCCUAAAUGGGACAAAGACAUAGGCAAAAAACAUGGAUCCUAAGUAGAAUCAGAUAUUUAUCUCUUUUUCUAAAAAAAUAAAAUAAAUAAAUUUGGGUGUUUUUUUUUAAUUUGCUUUUAUCAGAUAUUUAUCUCUUUUUCUAAAAAAAAUAAAAUAAAUAAAUUUGGGUGUUUUUUUUUUUUUAAUUUGCUUUUAAACAACCUCGACUAUGCAAACACUGAAAAAAAAAAAAAAAAACGAAGUGACUUUCCAUGAAUGCCUUUAACAUUCUUGUGUCAACAUUUGGUACUAAACUCUUACUCUUACCUCAUCUCAAGUGGGUUAUCCUUCCUUCUGUCCUUCCUUCUGUCCUUCCCUCCUUCCUUCAGAGUAGCGCUUAGUGUAAUAGAGUGAAACUUGUAGUUCCCAUUCCUAAAGGUUGAUGUUCAAUAUCUAACAGGUAUAAUGGCAUCUUCGGUAAUCUAAGAUUUGUUUACAUAUAUGCAAAAUUAUUUAAGGCAUAGAGUUUUAAAGCAUUUUUUUUGGAAAAACUAAUGCAGGUAAAACAUGUGACAUGAGAUAAUUUUAAUGUUGGAUAUUAUAUAUGUAUUUUUACUCUAAUAAACUUUUGUGUUCCAGAUUGG